AUGAGUGGCAUUUCUCCAAAAAAAAAUCCAUUACCAUAUCUUGGUGAUGACUUAGUAUGGAAGAUCUUAACUAAGGCUGAUCCUAAGACUGUUGGCAGGUGUAGGACACUCAACAAGUCUUGGAAUUUCAGGCUUAACACACCAUACUUUGUGAAGCAGAACUGGGCUGAACAAAAGGGUCAAAACAUCAAUGUCAUUGUUGGUGUUGGGAAUCCUCCAGCAGACGAAAAUUCUCAAUGGUUCAUUCGUGCUGAUGUAAAUGAUGGAGUGCACUCGCAGCUAAACCUUCCAAUUGUGAUCAACCAACUUGGUUUUUACUCACUUAUUGGCUCAGACCAUGGAGUUCUUUGUAUAAAAUUAUCUCAAGGAGGACUUAACUCAAGUCUACUCAUAUGGAAUCCACUCACUGGAAUGAUGAAAUAUGUAUUUGAUGAGUCCAAAAAACACUACCGUCAUCAUGUUUCAGUUUUUGCAUUUGGGUAUUUGUAUGAUUCCAUGGAGUAUCGAAUUGUGCAUGUCUUUAAGCGCCAUUACAUACAUAGGACCUUGGGCUGGAGUCUAUAUUGUUCAUUUGAGAAUGACUGGUGUGAUUCCGGAUCAUUCACCAGCGACGUGCAAAAGUUGGGGCCAAAAUCUAUCAUUGUUGAUGGAAUUGUUUACUGGAUUGGCUGGGAAGGAACCAACUUCACUGAACCAUCACUGAUAAUAUCUUUCUCCAUGAUACAAAGGCAGUUUUUUGAAAGCAUUAUUCCAAUUGAUGCAAGAUCAACCUAUCACUCUCUUACAAAUCUGCAUGAUGGGGUUGGUUUUAUAUCCUAUCGUAAUAUAGGCUUCUCAAGGGAAGUUAUAGUUUGGGAAAUUACACAUGAUGGACAGGACAAGCUUAAUUGGGAUAAGAGGAUCCGAGUUACAGGACUUGGCAUUCCUUACAAUCCAUCUAUGUUCAUCGGAAAGGAUAUCAUUUCCAUCAUGGAGUGUAGGAGUCGUUUUGGGGGAUCCAAUGAUGCUGAUAGGACAGAUCUUUUGCUUUCAAGACUUAAGUGGAACGGAGCUAGGAGGGAGCACCUGAUGCACCGUACUUGGCAACAAAAUGUACACGUCAAGUCCAUGACCAUGCACUCUGAAAGUCUCUAUAUUGUGUAA